AUGAACGAAAAUCUAUUCGCCUCUUUCAUUACUCCCACAAUAAUAGGACUACCUAUCGUUGUAUUUAUUAUUAUACUCCCAUCAAUACUUCUCUCUUCCUCCAAGCGCCUAGUUACAAACCGUUACUUCUCAUUUUUAUAUUGAUUAGUAAAACUUAUUACUAAACAAAUAAUACUUAUUCACACCCCAAAAGGACGCACAUGAUCAUUAAUAUUAGUAUCACUGAUAAUAUUUAUUGGGUCAACAAAUCUAUUAGGCCUCCUACCACACACAUUCACCCCAACAACACAACUAUCAAUAAACCUAGGAAUGGCUAUCCCAUUAUGAGCCGGGGCCGUAAUUCUAGGAUUCCGCCAUAAAUUAAAAUCUUCAUUAGCCCACUUCCUACCGCAAGGAACCCCCAUCUCCUUAAUCCCAAUACUUAUUAUUAUUGAAACAAUUAGCUUAUUUAUCCAACCAAUAGCCUUAGCAGUGCGACUUACAGCCAAUAUUACAGCAGGACAUCUACUAAUCCACCUAAUUGGCGGAGCAACAUUAGUACUAACAAGCAUCAGUCCUCCAACUGCCUCCAUCACCUUUAUUAUCCUAGCCUUACUUACAAUCUUAGAAUUCGCUGUAGCUCUUAUCCAAGCCUACGUAUUUACACUACUAGUUAGUCUAUAUUUACAUGACAACACAUAA